AUGACAACUAGUGUUGCGCAAACAUCAGAAAGUAAGCCCGGAAAUGGGCCCAGCACUUCUGAUAUGCAGUAUUACUACCAGUAUUUGUAUCCUUUCAAGCCAAUUUUUACGUGGCUUAAUCACUCGCCAAAGCCGGGACGCGAUAUGAUCAAUAGGGAGCUGGCUAUGGCGUUCCGCUCGGGUGCAUAUAAGCGUUACAAUUCAUUUGACAGUGUACAAGAAUUCAAGAACCAAAUUCAGCGCGCAAACCCUGACAGGUUUGAGAUUGGUGCAAUCUAUAACAAACCGCCUCGAAACAUGGACUCAAUUUUGAAAGCUGAAAUGAAGCCGCUUGAAAAGGAAGUUGUCUUCGAUAUUGAUAUGGAUGACUAUGAUUCUUACAGAACUUGUUGCUCAGGCGCUAGUGUGUGCUCUAAGUGCUGGAAAUUUAUAUCCCUGGCUAUGAAAGUGAUAAACGUCGCACUAGUGGAGGAUUUUGGAUAUGAAGACUUUAUUUGGGUAUUCUCAGGAAGGCGUGGUGCUCAUUGUUGGGUCAGCGACAAGAGAUCCCGUCUUCUGAGUGACAUUCAACGUAGAAGUGUUUUGGAUUACAUGAACGUUGUGAGAGAACGCAACCUUGACAAAAGACUAAAUUUGAAGCGUCCUUAUCACCCGCACUUGACGCGCUCUCUCGAUAUACUUAAGCCAUACUUCGUCGAGAUAAUCUUAAGAGAACAAGAUCCGUGGAGGGACGACGAUAUGGCAUUCGGGAGCUUACUUACAGGUCUUCACGACAAAAACUUAAUUGAAGUCCUUAAGAGGUACUGGAAAUCGAAUCCUCGACGCUCUAGCGAGCAAAAGUGGAGCGAUAUCGAUGCAUUGGCAGCGUCACAGUUAAAACAUCCUUCAUCUUCAAAGAAAACUGAUUUUUUUAACAAGCUCCAUGAAUGUAAAGAAGAUCUUGUUUUAGCCACUUUGUACCCAAAGCUUGACGUGGAGGUCACUAAACAAACUAUUCAUUUAUUGAAAGCACCAUUCUGUAUACAUCCCGCGACAGGGAAUGUGUGUGUUCCUAUAAAUGAAACCUUUAUACCAUCAAAUGCACCAAAGCUAAUUGAGCUUCAACGAGAAAUGGAAGCUAAUGGCAACAAAGUUGAGAACACAUCAUUGCAACCCUUUUUGGAUCAAUUUCAGCAGUUUGUCAAUCAGGUUACUAGAAAGGAAUUAGCAUCAGCCAAAAGGGAAAGAGAAGACGACGUCGACAGCCAGUUCUGA